AUGGCAACGGCUAAGGCGACGACCACGCGCCAAGUGGCGGAGGCCAUCACGGUGGCUACGCAAGCGGAGCGCUUUUGUCGGCUGUUCCCGCACAUGGCGCGACUCGAACAGACACAGGACGAACUCGCCGAUAUGUGGUCGUCGGCCCCCUCCGCAGACGCAGACCAGCACUUCCCCCGGCGUCCACGCCGCGUCUCGAACGGCGCCACACCCGCGUCUACCCGCCGCAGCAGCGCCAUGAGUCGCCUGGAGCAGCGUCGGCGCGAUCUGCCGCCGCAUUCGGUCUCGGCAGGCGGACUAUGGGCGUUCGACGGGUCUGCGAGCGGUUCCUCGGCCUUUUCCUCCUCUCCAGCGACGAGCGCAGGGUUCAACGCGGCGUCCGAGUCUUCUCCAGUGUCUGAGCAAUCGAACGCGGGUCCUCCCGGCCUCCAGAGCGCCGUGAGGCCCACCAACCACGGAGUCAUCGGCUCGUACUCGAGCGGAGAGGCCACAGCCAGGAUGCUGUGGAACAGACCCGAGAGGGAGGAGGAGGAGAGAGAGGAGGAGGCUCUGCCCUCGUACCUCAGCUACCUGCAGGCUCCGUCCCUCUCGGGGGACGCCACAGCGUCAGCUGUUAUGCCGACACCGACGGCUUUCGGUGCCGUGCUGAGACCGGCCGAGGACGAGAUGGAGACCAAGAGCAAGGAGCUGGCGAGGGCACUGCAAGACUUUAUCAUGGUACAGAUGCAGGAGCAGACGGGGGUGGCGACGUCGACUUCAACAUCUUCAUCUUCGUCUUCUCCGUCGAAGCAGGGAGGGUGCAGCUGUGAACGCCGCGUGACGGAGCUGGAGAAGCAGGUGCAGAACCUUCUUGCUGCUCAAACGGAGGGAGGUUCCACAUCGACCACGGAGGAGACAGGGAGUGCUCUUGGAGACCGAGUGUCGACGCUGGAAGGACGACAGAGCGCCUUCCAGUCGCAGUUGGCGCAGAUUUCCAAGGUGCUGGGCGUUCCUGUUGGCAAACACGGCAAGAGCAGUCAGCUGAAGACGCUGGUGCAGACGCUGCAUGAAGAGAUUGACUCUAAGUUCCAAGCAGCGGUUGCGGAGGUGGAGGCUUCGUGUGUUGCCAGCGCGGCCAAGCGCGCGGAGGAGCUGAUUGCGGAAGCGGCGGCAACAGCUUCGUCGUCAUCACCCGCGGGUGAAUCGUCGACGCCUUCUGACCCCAACGACGAGAAGAAGAAGCAGGCUUCAAGCGACUACGACACGAUUUCGACCUCCGGACUGCCGUUCUCGACGGUGUUGAACGCGCUGGCGGAGGAGCACGAGGCUUCGCUGACGAGACUCAGCACGCACUUCGACGAGCGCCUGCGUCUCGAAGGCUCGCAGCGUAUUGCGUUGGAAGGACGGAUGCGCGCUCGCCUGGGCGAGUUGGAGGAGUGGCUGCAGCAGGUCGAGGGCGAGCUCGGCGGCUCGCACUUUGAACCCACUGCAUCUUCCACUUCGUCAUCGAUCGCGGCCAUGACGGGCCAGUUGAGCAAGCUGCAGUCGCACCUGUCAGAGCUGGAGCAGUCUUGGAAGCAGCAGCACGAGGAGGCCAAGCGAUUGUCCGCCAAAUUGGAAGAGCUGCCGGCCUUCGAGGAGCUGCAGACCCAGCUGGAUCGGACGAACGAGGACGUGAACGCUCUCCGCGAGAGCGUGGCCAGCGUGGAAACUGUCAGCUCGUCCACUCGUGAGGAAACUCGCAGCGUGGCGCGCACGUCGCAGGGACUGAAGCUCAUCGUGGAGAAGCUUGUUCGCGACACGGGGUCGGCCGAGGAGCUCCUGCAGCAGUACGUCAGCACGAUCACACACCAGGUGGCCAGCGUGACGCGGCAGUACGUUUCCGUGCGGAUCCGCGACAACAACCGCCUGCUGGACGCCACGCUGCGCGCGCGCGUACCUGACUACGUUGCGAACGAGAGCGAGAGCUUCCUGCUGGUGCGUCCAGAGGGCAAGAAGGAGGGCGACGGACACACUUUGGGCACCGAGGUGAUCCACGAGCCGGAGGGCAACGGGAACUUCAGCUUCGUGCUGCGCGAGGACGACGAGGACGGCAUCCGACGCCUGCUGGCCACCCAGCGAGGCGCCCCGCCCAGCACCACCGGCACCACCAUUAGCUCGGACGCUAGUGCUGCUGCCGCUGCUGCGGGCGCGACCGUGUCGUCGUAA